UUGGCUGAGCGCGCUACACACAAUGCAAACUCUCCAGUUCCAAUCCGUACAAACAACACACAAGCCGAAGCCCAACAACGUGAACCACCAACAUUCAUCGAAACAAACAACUUCCAAUACUCAUUCCAACUCUUCAACGAUGCAUACGGUGUUCCCAACUACAACGAAAUCAACGCUGGUGCUUUCUACUGCAUGUACCCAUUCCUCUUCGGUAUCAUGUUCGGAGAUAUGGGUCACUCCAUCUUCUACCUUCUUGUCACCCUCGGCAUGUUCAUCAUGGUCCCUCUCAUGAAGAAGAAAGGCAACUCCAUGGGUGGUAUGCUUGAAAUGAUCGACAGAUUCAAAUGGUUCUUACUUUUCGCUUCAGUUUGCUCAUUCUACUGCGGAUUCCUUUACAACGAAACAUUCUGCUUACCAAUCAACUUCUUCGGCUCACACUACCAUGUAGAUGAUAGAAAUUCAAACCCUCAAUUAACAGUUUACAAGAAGAAUAGCACCAGUAUUUAUCCAUUCGGUCUUGAUCCAGCAUGGUUCUUCAAAGAUAACGAACUUAUUUUCUCCAACUCUUUGAAGAUGAAGAUGUCUGUUAUUGUGGGUAUGGCACAAAUGAUUUUUGGUUUGAUUCUUUCUUUCAUUAAUAACUUUGUACAGCGUGAUUGGGUUUCCCUCAUCACUCUUCGUGUCCCUGAAUUACUUUAUCUCGUUCCUUUCUACGGUUACAUGGUUGUCAUCAUCAUUUGGAAGUGGUGCACAAAUUUCAAAGGAAACCCUUCAUUAUAUAAUGUCAAUGUUCAGAAAGAUGGUAUCAACCUUAUUCAGGUUAUGAUUGGUAUGAUUCUUUCUUUCGGUUCUGAAGAUGAUGAUUUAAAACUUUACGAGGGACAGUGGGGUGCUCAAGCUGUUAUUACAACAAUCUUCUUCUGCUCAAUCCCUGUUUUCUUGGUAUUAAGACCAUGUUUCGAAGCUUACUUACACCAUGGCGAUCCAAACUGGUCUGUUUUAGAAGCUAUCGUUAUGAACUUGAUUCACGUUAUUGAAUUCGUUCUUCAGGCUCUUUCUCACACUGCUUCUUACUUGCGUCUUUGGGCUCUUUCCCUCGCUCACUCUCAGUUGUCUAAAGUUAUUUGGGAAGAGUUGUUCUUGAAUGGUUUCAACUACAGCAAAACUCAUGAUGGCCCUUGGACUAAUGGCACUUGGGUUCUCACUUUCUUCGUUUUCUUGGCUUUCACUGUUAUGACUGCUGCUAUUUUGCUUGGUAUGGAAGCUUUCUCCGCUUUACUUCACGGUAUUCGUCUGAUGUGGGUCGAAUUCUGCUCUAAGUUCUACGGUGGUGGCGGUUACGAGUUCAAGCCAGUCUCUCUUAAGAACACACUUAAGAACGCAGGCUACAACGACUUCUAA